AUGAACUGGAACAACGAACAAGAAGGAUCCUACAGGAGACACAACAAUGAAUACAGAUAUGAAACACGAAGGAACGACACAUACCAGGAUGGAACGAACCGUACACAGAGGGACUUUUCGAGAGCGUCACAAGGAAAAAAUCUAGGAUACGAUAUGGAUAAAUACAGAGGAAACAGAGGCAAAGACUACAGAGAUUUCAGAGAUUUUCGAGAUGCAAGAGAUUUCAGUGUUGCCAGAGAUCCAAGAGGGUCCAGAGGUGCCAGAGCAGCCAGAGAUAAAUUCCAAAAAAUUCAAAAAUUCCAAAAAAUUCCAAAAAUUCCAAAAAUUCAAAAAAUUCAAAAAAUUCAAAAAAUUCCAAAAAUUCCAAAAAUUCCAAAAAUUCCAAAAAUUCCAAAAAUUCCAAAAAUUCCAAAAAUUCCAAAAAUUCCAAAAAUUCCAAAAAUUCCAAAAAUUCCAAAAAUUCCAAAAAUUCCAAAAAUUCCAAAAAUUCCAAAAAUUCCAAAAAUUCCAAAAAUUCCAAAAAUUCCAAAAAUUCCAAAAAUUCCAAAAAUUCCAAAAAUUCCAAAAAUUCCAAAAAUUCCAGAAAUUCCAGAAUUUCCAGAAAAUUUAGAAAUUCUAGAAAUUCCAGAAAUUUCAGAAAUUUCAGAUAUUCCAGAAAUUCCAAAAAUUUCAGAAAUUCCAGAAAUUCCGGAAAUUCCGGAAAUUCCGGAAAUUCCAGAAAUUCCAGAAAUUUUAGAAAUUUUAGAAAUUUUAGAAAUUUCUGAAAUUUCUGAAAUUUCUGAAAUUUCUGGAAUUUCUGACAUUUUUGGAAUUUCUGGAAUAUCUAAAAUUUCUAAAUUUUCUGGAAAUUCUGGAAUUUUUGGAAUUUUUUGA